AUGACGAAGAAGCAAGUGGCAGCGAUGAAGUUGAACAGAACGAGUGCUAUGGAGGAAAAUUACGAAUCUGAUUCUUCUCCUUUUAAGCUGGAGAAACUUCAGGAUGAGAACCAAGUUGACAAGCCAUUUAUCCGGAAACAAAUGAAGAUCCGGUUCCCUGAGCGUGGAAGAAGUGGAAGAUCCGUUGUAACAAUUAAGAAUCUGGAAUUUGCCUAUGGGGACAAGGUUCUUUUCAAGAAGGCAAAUUUGACAAUUGAAAAGGGAGAGAAAAUUGCCAUUAUUGGUCCUAAUGGAUGUGGGAAAAGUACUUUGCUUAAACUUAUUAUGGGGUUACAAAACCCGCAAACAGGUGAAGUUCUGCUCGGGGAGCAUAAUGUCUUGCCGAAUUAUUUUGAACAGAAUCAGGCUGAGGCACUUGAUUUAGAUAAAACAGUGCUUGAAACUGUUGCUGAAGUUGCAGAAGACUGGAGACUUGAUGAUAUCAAAGGACUUCUUGGGCGUUGCAAUUUCAAGGCUGAUAUGCUUGAUAGGAAGGUCUCCCUUUUGAGUGGGGGUGAGAAGGCACGGCUGGCCUUUUGCAAGUUCAUGGUGAAACCUUCGACUUUGCUAGUUUUGGAUGAGCCAACUAAUCACUUGGAUAUACCUUCUAAGGAGAUGCUUGAGGAGGCAAUAACAGAAUACCAAGGCACUGUCAUUACUGUUUCUCAUGACCGAUACUUCAUAAAGCAAAUAGUUAACAGAGUAUUAGAAGUAAAGGAUGGCAAUUUACAAGACUAUGCAGGCGACUACAAUUAUUAUCUGGAGAAGAACCUUGACGCACGGCAGAAAGAGGUUGAACGUGAGGCAGAGCUUGAGGAAAAAUCUCCUAAAGCAAAAGCUAAAUCAAAGAUGUCAAAGGCUGAGAGAGAAGCUCGGAAAAAACAGAAAGUGCAGGCAUUUCAACAGGCAAAACAAAAGUCAAAAGGGCUGAAGAAUGCCAAAAGAUGGAAAUGA